GAUAACGCAAAGCCCCGCUCCUGGGCGCCACUCCUGCCCCGCCCCGCCGACGCCGCGGUGCCGAGUCCUUUUGUCCAAGAUGGCGGCGCCGGGGGCGCUGCCUCCUCAGCCGCGGCUGCCGCCGCCGCCGCUGUGAAGGGCCUGCGGGCCGCCCGCCCGCCCGCCGCGCCGGCGCCAUGAAGAGACAGAGCGAGCGAGACUCCAGCCCGAACGGGCGCGGCUCGUCAUCGUCAGCCAAGCGGCCGCGGGAGCGCGAACGGGAGGCGGAGGCGGGCGGGCGGCGGGCGGCGCACAAGGCCUCGGGCGGCGCCAAGCACCCCGUUCCAACGCGGGCCCGCGACAAGCCCCGCGGGAGCGGCGGGGGUGGACAUCGUGACGGACGUGGUGCCGGGGACGCGAACCACCGUGCCAGCAGCGGCCGCUCCUCGGGCUCCGGCGCCGGCGGCGGGGGACGCGGCGGGAAGGCCUCGGGGGAUCCGGGCGCCUCAGGCUCGUCGCCACGGGCGUCCCCGCUGCCGCCGCCGCCGCCGCCCGGGGCCGAGUCCGCGGGUCCCGGCUCGUCAGCCGCAGCGCCCGAGUACAAGACGCUGCUCAUCAGCAGCCUGAGCCCCGCGCUGCCCGCCGAGCAUCUCGAGGACCGGCUCUUCCAUCAGUUCAAGCGCUUCGGCGAGAUCAGCCUGCGCCUGUCGCACACCCCUGAGCUGGGCCGCGUGGCCUACGUGAACUUUCGGCACCCCCAGGACGCACGCGAGGCCCGCCAGCACGCCCUGGCCCGCCAGCUGCUGCUGUACGACCGUCCGCUCAAGGUGGAGCCGGUUUACCUGCGCGGCGGCGGCGGCGGCGGGAGUAGCCGGCGGAGCAGCAGCAGCAGCGCCGCCGCCUCCACGCCGCCCCCGGGGCCGCCCACGCCCUCCGACCCUCUUGGCUACCUGCCUCUGCACAGCAGCUACCAGUACAAGCAGCGCUCCCUGUCCCCCGUCGCCGCCCCGCCGCUGCGGGAGCCCCGCGCCCGCCACACCGCCACAGCCUUUGCCUUGGAUGCCGCUGCCGCAGCCGCUGUCGGCCUGUCCCGGGAGCGGGCUCUGGAUUACUACGGGCUGUAUGACGACCGCGGGCGCCCUUACAGCUAUCCGGCCGUGUGUGAGGAGGACCUGAUGCCUGAGGAUGACCAGCGGGCCACGCGCAACCUCUUCAUUGGGAACCUGGACCACAGUGUGUCUGAGGUGGAGCUGCGCCGGGCCUUCGAGAAGUACGGCAUCAUUGAGGAGGUGGUCAUCAAAAGGCCUGCACGAGGCCAGGGCGGUGCUUAUGCCUUCCUCAAGUUCCAGAACCUGGACAUGGCCCACAGGGCCAAGGUGGCCAUGUCAGGCCGGGUGAUUGGCCGCAACCCCAUUAAGAUAGGCUACGGCAAGGCUAACCCCACCACUCGCCUCUGGGUGGGCGGCUUGGGACCCAACACCUCACUAGCAGCGUUGGCCCGCGAGUUUGACCGCUUUGGAAGCAUUCGGACCAUAGAUCACGUCAAAGGUGAUAGCUUUGCCUAUAUUCAGUACGAGAGCUUGGAUGCAGCCCAGGCCGCCUGUGCUAAAAUGAGGGGCUUUCCCUUGGGUGGUCCAGACCGAAGGCUGCGUGUGGAUUUUGCCAAAGCAGAGGAGACUCGGUAUCCCCAGCAGUACCAGCCCUCCCCUCUCCCUGUGCACUAUGAACUACUUCCAGAUGGAUAUAACCGGCAUCGAAACCUGGAUGCUGACCUACGGGUGCGGGAUAGGACCCCUCCACACCUUCUGUAUUCAGACCGGGACCGGACCUUUUUGGAAGGGGACUGGACCAGCCCCAGUAAAAGCUCUGACCGCCGAAACAGCUUAGAGGGCUACAGCCGCUCUGCACGCAGCCGGAGUGGUGAGCGUUGGGGAGAUGGGGACCGGGGCCUGCCCAAGCCCUGGGAGGAGAGGCGGAAGCGGAGGAGCCUUUCCAGUGACCGUGGGAGGACGACCCACUCCCCUUAUGAAGAACGGAGCAGGACCAAGGGGGGUGGACAGCAGGCAGAUCGAGCCUCUGACCGCACUCCUGAGCGCAGUCGGAAGGAAAACCACUCCAGCGAAGGGACCAAGGAGUGUAGCAGCAACUCCCUCAGCAACAGCAGACAUGGGGCUGAGGAGCGGAGCCACCACCACCACCACGAGGUUUCAGACUCUUCUCAUGGGAAGAAAGCAAGAGAGAGCGAGCGCAAUCACCGGACCAUUGAGGCUGACCCCAAGCCUCUAGAAGAGCCAAAACACGAGACCAAAAAGCUCAAGAAUCUUUCAGAGUAUGCCCAGACACUGCAGCUGGGUUGGAAUGGGCUUCUAGUGUUGAAAAACAGCUGCUUCCCAACAUCUAUGCACAUCCUAGAAGGAGACCAAGGGGUCAUUAGUGGGCUCCUCAAAGACCACACUUCUGGGAGUAAGCUGACGCAGCUGAAGAUUGCCCAGCGCCUUCGACUGGACCAGCCCAAGCUUGAUGAGGUUACCCGGCGCAUCAAACAGGGGAGCCCCAAUGGCUAUGCAGUGCUUCUGGCCACCCAGGCCACCUCUAGUGGACCUGGCACUGAAGGGAUCCCCACAGUGGAGCCAGGCCUACAGAGGCGGCUUCUCAGGAACCUGGUCUCCUACUUGAAACAGAAGCAGGCUGCAGGAGUGAUCAGCCUGCCAGUGGGUGGGUCCAAGGGCAGAGAUAGCACAGGCAUGCUCUAUGCCUUCCCACCCUGUGAUUUCUCACAGCAGUACCUCCAGUCAGCACUAAGGACAUUGGGCAAGCUAGAAGAAGAACAUAUGGUGAUAGUUAUAGUAAGAGACACUGCCUAGCCCAAAUCUGUCUUUUUUCAGCCCAUGUUUGUGUCACAAAGCAGUUACUUUAAAAUCUGACAUCCCCUCCCCACUCCCCCCUUGGUUUGAAUUCUCUGCUGGGUUAUUUUGAUUUGGUGGGGGCCAAAGUCCUGUUCAUCACCAAAACUAAGUUUUGGGGUGUAAUUUUUUUAACAGCGCUGAGAAGGGACUCCUGUCAUGUUGAUUUCUAGUGUAAGAGAUACUGUCUGCUGUGUUCUGUAUUUUUUUAUUUUUUUGACUAACUGUAUGGAAAGUUGUCAGUAAAGCUUUUGUCAGAGGA